AUGUCCACUUACGGCCUUGACGUUGGCAACGCAGGAAAAAAGCCUCACCAAAGGAAGAGAGGCAAAAAGUCUAAGAGGGCAGAAAGCUUUGUAACUGAACACGUGGACAGGCUGCAAAGUACUGCGGAUGUCCAACAACCUGUCAAACUAACGAUUAUUCGAAGAAAUGGACAACAUGAAGUUAGUGGUGGAAGUGUCAAUCCAUUCUCUCGUCUUCCUUUCCGAUCAUCCCCGCCUGACAACUUGCACAGGAUGUAGCAAGACGGUUCGCACGCAUGGCAGACGGUGGCCUCUUUCCUCCUCCAGAUGACAUUGCUAUUACGCACAGAGAGUGUCGUUCCUGGCAAGACAAAACAGGAAUUCUGAGAGUAGGGAAGGAACAGGGUGUUUACUUUCAUGUAAAUUUAGCUUGUGUCAGAGAGGGACAAAUGCGGUUUCUGUAA